AUGCUGCACCGCAGUUUUGGCUUAGACGCUGAGGGCCGGAUCCUUUUCCUCUCCCAGGUCGCCAUGGCGCUGCGACUUCUGGCGCUGGCCACGGCCAUUUUGGCCGCGCAGGCGAAGCUGCUGAUUCAAAAAGAUGCCCCGGACUUCGAGCUUCCUGCAGCCAUGCCAGAUGAUCAGACCAAGACGGUUUCCCUAAAGGACUACAAGGGCAAAUACGUGAUCCUGUUCUUCUACCCUUUCGACUUCACCUUCGUGUGCCCAACAGAGAUUAUGGCCUUCAACAGCGUAGUGGAGGACCUGCGUGCCAAGGGUGCAGAGGUUCUGGGUGUGUCCACGGAUUCCGUGCACUCUCACCUCGCCUACAGGCGACUGGAGCCUUCCGCAGGCGGCAUCGGCAAGAUCAAGUUUCCACUGCUCUCCGACUUCAAGAAGGAAGCCUCAGAGGCGUAUGAUGUCCUAGCAGACGACGGCUCCUCCCACCGUGGCCUGUUCCUUAUCGACAAGGCCGGCAUCGUGAGGCAUCAGCUUGUGAACGACGAGCCCCUGGGCCGAUCCGUCGAUGAGGCAGUGCGGAUGCUAGAUGCGCUCCAGUACUUUGAGAAGAACGGCAAGGUCUGCCCCGCAAACUUCAAGGGCGAUGAUUCCCUGGGCUCUGCCUCCGUGCCCCUCACGGAACGCUUCAAGGAUACCUCUUUGAAAACUGGUUUUGGGGUUCCAGUCUUGAAGUCGAAGGACUGCAGGCUGGACAUCAACAGGAAUUGGGACUGA